GGCUGGCCGUGCUUCACGUGCUUCGCGAGGCGGCCGGCCGGCCCCAUGGUCCGCAGGCACGUCCUUGCCCUUGCCCUCCGCCGUUACGGGGGAAGCACACGUCAAAAGGGCACAUUUCGGAUUUACUCCAUUCCGGCCUCGCGGGCGACCAGCCAUAAUCUCACCGUGUUGCACAACAUUGUGCCCACUUGGUUCGCCUUUCGUUUGCGCCCGCCCAUCUUUUCGCGAGUACUGAGUUCCUUCGCCCUCCAGGCACGGGAUAACGCCAGGCCAGGGUGAACCACAGCACCGCGGCGGCCAUGCAGCCCUCGUGCACCUUCACGACGCCCUCGAGCGCGGGGUCCCGCCGAUCACGUAAUUUUCCCAUCGGCAACCAGAGACUCAGAUCAGCACUGUGCAGGUUGCGAGCUGGUGCCACUGGAAUUUGAAACCCGCAAAGUUUCCCGCUUCUAGUUGCCUCCCUUCAGGACGGCAACAUGGUCAACAGAGCAAUGGCAACUACAGAUAAAGAACUCACCCCAGCUGAUGUCACACUGGAAGUUGAUGGCACCUUGUUUAGUUGUGUGAGAAGUGCAUUAGCCAUUGAAAGUCCAUAUUUUGAAGCUAUGUUCAGUAACAAUUUUGCUGAAAGGAACAAAACUGUUAUUGAAAUCCAGGGAUUGGAUGCAGCAACCAUGAAAUUCAUUUUACAAUGGCUUGAUGAUUCUACAGCAAUUUUCAAACUUCAGUGUGUAGAAGUUUUAGCUGUUUUGCAAGCUGCAGCGAUGCUGCAAUUUCAAAGAUUGCAGCAAAUGUGUGAAGACGUCAUGGUUCAGCGAUGGUUGUCACCCGAGAGCUGUCUGAUGACAGCUGCCACUGCAGACCGUUUAUCGCUGGCCAAAUUGUAUAACAAAGCUUCUGCCCUUGCACUUUGGCAAUUUUGUGAAGUAAGGAAUACUCAAGAAUUUUUGGAUCUCCCACUUUCUAGACUGGAACAGUACCUCAAACAAGAUGCCUUAUCUUUAGGAUCAAGUGAAGAUGAAUUCCAAGUAUUUGAAGCCAUAUGUUGGUGGCUGGAGCAUAAAAUGGUAGAAAGGAAGUCAGAUACUUUGAAGGCACUUUCCUGUGUCCGUAUGAAUUUCAUUUCAGUUAGUGACAUUCAAACUAUGUUUAAUUAUGCUUGCAUAGAAAAUAGGGAAGAUGCACAAGACUUGCUGAGGUGCAUCCUUUGCAUCAAAGAAGAAAGACAGUUUGCAAUACUUCACCAAAGUCCUGAACAGGAUAUGGAACCAUUUAAGAGUCUGGUGGGCGAAAAGACGAUAUCAUGUAGUUCAAAAGCACCACCUGCAGUUGACUCCAUUGACAAGGCUUCAAUUAAACAUAAACUUGAAGUACUGCCUGAAGCAGAACCAGUUAAAGUGUGCGUUAUGGAUACUGCUUCAGUUCAGAUAGAAUCAGAGGCAGAAAAAUUAAUAGAAGAGUUUAGUGAGGCUACUGUAAAAAUGUCACGAGAUAUUCUUGCUCAGCCAAGCCGUCAAGUUGCUACUGUUCCAUGUGUAAUUGGACAUUACAAGGUAGAAAAUAAUUCUGGGCCUGAUGAGGAGAAUAGUUCACCAUCACAUGAUCAUGCAAAGAAAAAUAAAAAGGAAAAGGCAAGAAAUAUGCUGCCCUAUGUCUUCUACUGGAAUCCUAACAGAAGCGAAAAGCUUCUUCCAUUGAUGCCUUUAGAUAAGCUUGAUCAAGGACCGACAGAGCCAAUAGGCUAUGCUGUUUUAAGCAAAGGUCAGGAACUAUAUGUUGUCGGUGGAGAAUAUUUAAUAGGAUAUGGGGAUUGGAAUAGGUCUGUCUUAAAAUAUAACGCAUGGAGUGAGUCCUGGACUUUUGAGACUAGUCUGGCUGUUCCUAGAAGACAUCACUCUGUUGUCUGCAUUGACGAUGACAUGUAUGUCGUUGGUGGCAGUGGCAAGUUUAGAGUCAUUCUGGAUUCAGUGGACCGGUACAACUUCACUUCAAGAACAUGGUACAAAUGUGCCCCAUUACCUAGUGCUUUAUACUCAGCUGCAGCAUGUGUCCACAAUAAUUUAGUGUAUGUGAUCUCUUGUCGUGUGUUUUGCUACAACCCGAAGACUGAUAAUUGGGUUACUCUUAAUGAUGUGCAACUUCCAUCUGGCACCAGCUACAACACAGCUUUGACCCAUGGAAACUUUAUAUAUCUUACAGGCCUCUAUUCUGAAGAUCUGGUGCGCUUUGAUCCAGAGAAGGAUAAAUGCGUAAAACUUGUUGGGCGUUUCCAGUAUACAGCAGGAAAUGUGUGCUUAGUGGGAGACAAAAUUUACUCUUUCCCAGAACACAAUGAGUGCCCUUGUGUAGAAGUGUAUAACAUUAGAAAGAAUACAUUUGAAGUUCUGUUUACUGGAUCGCCAAGCAGUGCAAGGAUAUCUUUUAAGAAAUUGGCAAGGCACUGUUUUCCUCUUGUGUUGUAUGAAACCUUAUGGCGUGGUCCCUAACUGAAUCAUUCCUUUUCAAUUGAGGUGAAAGUUGAUGUUUUUAAUUUAUUAUUUUGUGACUUUAGAACUUUUCUAUGAUUAUUCAUGUGUUAAAAAAUUAAUUUUUCACUAUAUCCUUGCUGUAUGAAUAUACUUGUAUACAUGCUGCCCAAGAGAGAAAAUGAAGGGCACAAUCGUGUCGACACAAUUUUAAUGUGAUGGGCCCAUGUCACUCCAUGGGACAGAAUGGAUGUUUUCUGGCCAAAUAUGCUUAUCAGUGGUAUGAAUACCACUGUUAAACUCUUCAUUUACCUUACUUUUGUGCUCAAGCAUUUUCUCCUUUCAAUCAAUGAGUGGGUAAGAUUAAGAAAUAAGAUCUUAAUGAGACAAUAGAA